AUGGCUGACCCGAGGUUAUAUCUACCCCCGGUCUUGUCCGACGAUAUCAUCAGAAAAUUGGUCUCUGAAUUGUCACUCCCAGAGCCUACCACCAUCAAACCACUGAUAACAACGGCCGCCUACCAUACCAUAUAUCUGAUCAUAUUCUCACCUGCAGAUGCUGACGCGUUGUACCCCGCGCGAUCCCUCGAAGAAGAUGGUUCCAUUGCAUUGGUCCUGCGGGUGGCAGGCAAGCACAUUCCCCGGAUCAAGACGCUCAACGAGGUCGCAGCCAUGACUUGGGUGCGGGAAAACUGCAAGAUCCCUAUUCCCGCCGUCAUCCGGUUCGAUGCUUCCGAGAACAAUGCCAUUGGCUACGAAUUCACGCUGCUGGAGAGGGUCCGGGGCGUCAGCGUCGACACCAUUUACGACAAGCUCGAUGAUGGCAAGAUUGCAAAGCUCGUCAGCCAGCUCACGGACUACCUCAUUGAGAUCCAUCGCCAUGAAUGGACUCAUGCCGGCGGAAUCAGCAUCGACGAGAACAAUAACAUUGUUCCUGGUCGAGUGUUGGCAGAGAACUUCUGGCAGGGCCCGGAGAUUGCCCAGUAUUGGGGCGGCGACGCGACUAUUGACUUGCUCAAUGUGCAUGGCCCUUUCAGCUCAUAUACCGACUAUCUCCAAGGCCACAUACAGCAGUAUGUGCGCAAUAUCGAAAGGCACGAGUCGCUCGAGUGGAUGAGGGACAUGAUUCCAAGACUCGAGAAGUUUCUUACCUUUGCACAAGACCAUGCUGCCGAAUUGAACGACGCAAAGUACAUAUUGACGCACAAGGACCUCCAUUUCGGCAACAUCAUGUGCGACCCAGAGACCCUCGAAAUCACGAGUAUACUAGACUGGGAGUUUGCAGCUGUACUGCCUUUGCCAUUAUGGAGUCCGGGCGGCGGCUUUCUGUGGAGUGCGAAAGACGAGUCUCCGGCGUCGUUUGCGGAGCGCGACAGACUGUUCAAGGAUAUUUUCAGCAAGAUUUGCAAGGAGAGAUCUCCAGCGCUUCUUGCAGACUUUGACGUGAAGAAUCAGGAUCCUCACAAGUCCAUUGUCAAGGUGCUGAACUUUGUGAGAGCAAUUGUCGAGGUGUGUCCAAGAGGGAAGAGACUUGAAAUGGCGAGGACCUGGCGUUCGACGGUGGAGCAAGCUUUGCAAGAUCUGGGGAUAUAG